GAGCGAGGCGUAAGCUCAGUCGAGCAUUGGUGAUAUCCUGUCCGGGCCUGCCGCAAGUGGUGCAGUGUGAUCGUUGAAACAAUAGGACGGGCUGCUGAAAUGGGUGACCUUUUGGUGAUCUGUGACCGUUAAUCGGCACAGUGGCACGGUGACACAGAGAUUAGUGGUUAUUGGUGGUGAAGUGACGAUUUGCAGUGACCGGUGACAUCCGGGCAAGUGGACUGGGACAGAAGGCUGCAGCUGAGGCUAACCUGUGCUAUAAUGAAUAUUAUAUUGUAAUCUAUUUUGUUUUGGGCCGCGACGACAAACUGCGGGUCAGCUGUGCGGUAACUCAGCUGUGCCAGAGGUGCGAUUAGAGAUUUAGCGCUGCAAUUCUCUCCAACAAACACUGCACAUCAUGGAUACACUAUCAAGUAAGAACGGCAUCUACGUCAGCAAAGUGACGAGGGAUAUGGAGGUCGACAAACUUCGGAGCCGAAUACAAGUUCUUCAGGAGGACAUCACCUCAGAGUUUCGCUCUCAACUCUCCACCAUUCUGGAGCAGCAUUUGGCUGGUCUGGAACACGUCUCUGUACCGCGCGAAAAUGGAGACGUCAAAGGCCACAAACGGAGCAAGGGAAAACAGUUUGUGGCGCGGGAGUCUUUGCUCACUGAGCUGUUUGAGAUCAGCCACAUCCGCACAAUCUACCACAUCUUCCUGGCCAUGCUGGCGCUGAUGUUUCUGCACUCCAUUCUCUACGACCUGGCUGAGCUUAACUCAAUACAGCUGAGUCUCAACAUCAUCGUGUACGCGUUCGGAGAGGUGCGACUGACGGCAGAACUCUGGCUCAUGAUGUUCUGUUCGGCUGUGUUCAUCGUCUAUCCCUUGUUUCACUUUUGGGCCUCUCACCGCUCCUCAAACCCAGCGCUGUUUGACUGGCUGUUUGGCUCGAUGUUCGUCGCCUACUGCGGCUGCCUUUUGUAUCUGCCCGCCGAGCAGGUGCUCCACCAUCGACUGCCCCCGGCUUCUUCAUUCAUUGUCAUCUUGGAGCAGAUUCGUCUCUUUAUGAAGGUGUACGGGUUCGUGCGAUCGAACGCUCCAAUGGCAAUGGCAUCGGAAACUAAGGAGUCUGACCGAUGUCCAAACUUCAACAAGUUUUUGUUCUAUCUGUUCGUUCCAACCCUCGUCUAUCGUGACAGCUAUCCCAGGACCAGUCAGGUGCGGUGGCGGCUGGUGGCUCUCCAUUUCGGCCAGGUGGUCGGCUGCGUGGUCUACACCGCCUUCCUGCUGGAGCGGCUGGUGCUGCCGCCCUUCCAGCGGUACGGCCUGGGACAGAUGACCUGGCGGCACCUGGUGGUACACGUCUUCGGCAGCGUGAUGCCCGGCAUGCUGUGCUACCUGUGCGCCUUCUUCGCGCUGCUGCACGCCUGGAUGAACGCGUUCGCAGAGAUGACGCGCUUUGCUGAUAGGAUGUUCUACCGGGAUUGGUGGAACGUGACCAACUACGCGAGCUUCUAUCGGACCUGGAAUAUCGUGGUUCACGAUUGGCUGUAUGAAUACAUAUACACGGACGUGGCCCGCCUUCGAGGGAAGUUUUUGGCCACUCUGUCGGUUUUCGUGGUCUCUUCAAUCGUUCACGAGUACACACUGAUGCUGGUCUUCAAUUUCUGCUUCCCGGUACUGUUUAUCCAGUUUGGCGUAUUUGGAGUUCUGUUGCACUUUUUCAACGUGCGCAGUGCCGGAGGAAACGUUCUGCUGUGGAUGACGCUCUCCCUGGGAAUCGGAAUUGACCUUGCCUUUUACGCUGCCGAGUGGUAUGCUCGACAGAACUGCCCAUCAAUUUAUGAAAACGUGUACGCCGACUUCUUUUCAUCCCGGGCACUGUCUUGCUGGUCAGGAAACGGCGUGGCCGACACCGUCGUCAGGGCGUUCGCGUGAUUGCAGUGCCAACAACUCAGUGAGGUAAUGACAAUGGCUGUGAGCGGCCGGCCGAGUCGGGGAAAUAUUGCACGCCCACCCGUCGUGGUGCUAACUGCGACUGGCUUUGUUGCAGGUGCCCUGUUUUUCCCGCUUACUUAGGUAUUCUGUAAGUUUUGGUCCAUCGCAUCGUUGUCACAAUGAAAAGGUGAUUCAAGUAACUGGUAGCAUACGCGAUUGUGAUCUGUUACGUGAAUAAGGGGGGUGUCUGUUGUUGUUAAGCCCAUUUUGAAGUGAGUGCAAGAUACCUUCGGGUACGACAGUACGCUACAUUCACCUGCAAGUUUAUGAGCCAGCAUGUAUUCCCACUGAACUCUUAUGUGUCAGAUUCAGUGUGAAUUUCAGUGUGUAAUACACAUUAUGCUAAUUAUUAAAUAGAUAUUUCAUGCGGAUCAAUUGAGUGUUUCCUCAUCCAUGCUAACACAGGAAGACAGCCAAAAUGUCGAGAAUGAGAAUGACAUUAUUAUACGUCUACGUUGUGCUGUGUUAAUGGAAGUCUUGCAAAAAAAUGUUUGAUGUUCAUAAUAUAAUGGCUGCAAGCCUCCGGACACCCCUCCAUCGGGAUUGUUGCGGGCCUGACACUUUUUUCGCAUCGGAAUGUCUUACAGAAAGACAGACGAAACUUUGCAUGCCUUGCCUGUUGCCGCGGUACCUACCCACUUCAUAAUGAAUAAUCGUCCAGACGUAGACGUUAUUUGUGGCCAUUUCUGAAGAGCAGAACACAGACAUUGAUAAGACGUAAAGGAAGCACAGAGCACGAUGGUUAACCCACGCCCGCACAUGCUAUUUUGCCAUCCUGCUAUGCUAUUUUGAACGCACAUGGGGGGGGGGGGGUUGCCAUCCCCCCGCGCCAUUUCGUUUCUGUUGGAGAUAGAGCUUCGCGGUAAAGACCAAAAAGAUUUUUUGGGAAGAUACAAAAUGAUACCCAGUUUUACCUUCUCAGGUCAGUCAUCGACCUUCCAGGUCAGGUCAAACUAAAAAUGUUGCUGUUUUGGGUCACCGUUGGAUAUCAAGUGCGCUGCUCACCAUAUACCGAUGACGAUGCCGUUUUGUGCUGCCAAGCAAGCUAGAACCUCGGCUCUCUGUCACACUAUCCGACCAGGGUUUUGCUCCUAAGGUCAUUUCAGGUCAAGUUAGGUCAAGGUCAAUGAUAUGUGUUUGUAUGUCUGUGUGUGUAUGUGUGUAUACUGAUGUGUGCACCGAUUGUUUAUGUGUCCAUAUUACAUGAGAUCAUGAGAUGAGAAGCUUUUACCAAAAAUACAGUCAAAUAAACUUAACCAAAA